AAGGGGGGGGGGAGGGAUUCCGACUUCUCUCGUUUUGAAUUCACUUCACUUUGAUUUAGUUGGUUUUUCUCUUUUCCUUCCAAAGUAGAAAUUUGUUGACUCUUUUUGUUACUAGAUGGCAGCACGAUAUUAGUUUUCCUACGUUUCCGAUUUCCACUUGUGCCACGUAAUACUCAACUCAACUUUACUCUGUUGUCGGUUGUUUACAAAAUCGCUGGAAUAAAGUUCAGUUCCGUGUGUUUUUGUACAGAAUAUUGAUUGAACUCAAUGAUGACGGCGCCAAAUACUCAUAUAACGGCGUAUUAUACCGAGUUAGUUCGAGCCGGAGAUAAUGGUGAGUUCGAUAAAGCCUUGAAAAUCGCAAAUAAAAUUCUCCACGAGGACAAGGAUGAUAAAAAAGCUCAACAUUGCAAAGCCGUAUGCCUUAUCCACUUAUCAGAAUUUGAAGACGCUCUGAAAAUUUUAGAGAAACAUGUGAGUAAUUGCAAUUUCGAAAAAGCUUAUUGUUUUUAUCGAUUAAAUAGAAUCCCAGACGCUUAUAAUGCUCUAAAGUCGAUUAAUAAUCCAGGUAUUAAAGAAAAGGAACUGCUAGCUCAAGUUUUAUAUCGAUUAGAAAAUUAUGAUGAAUGUUUUUCUUACUAUAAAGAUCUUAUAAAAAAUUCAGAAGAUGACUUUGAAGAGGAAAGAGAAACUAAUUUAUCUGCUGUGGUAUCGAAUCUUUAUGCAGAAAAAGGAAACGAUUUUAAAGCUCCUCAGUUAAGAGAACAUACUUAUGAACUUUGUUACAACACGGCUUGUAUACUUAUUAAUAGGAAAGAGUAUAAUUUAGCUAUUGAAAAGUUAAAGCUGGCGGAAGAACUUUGCAAAAAAACAUUAGAAGAAAACGAUGCCACUGAAGAAGAAAUUGAAGCAGAAUUGGGUGUCAUUCGAGUGCAACAUGGGUAUGUUCUGCAGUUACUGAACAAAAAUGACCGAGCAUUGAAGAUUUAUAAUCAGGUUCUUAAAAAUAAACCGUCCGAUUUAGCUGUUGCUGCAGUUGCUUGCAAUAAUGUUGUAACCAUCAAUAAGGAUCAAAAUGUAUUUGAUUCUAAGAAAAAGAUCAAAAUCGCCACUGCUGAUAACUUAGAAUCAAAGUUAACAUCAAAGCAGCAACAAAUGAUUGCAAUAAAUAAUUGUUUAUUGUUGCUGCAUACAAAUCAGAUCGACCAGUGCCGUCGUGCCAUUCAGAGUUUUAGGAAAAAGUUUUCUUCAUGUGCUGCUGAAGCUGCCCUUUUAUCUGCUGGAUUGUUUUGUAAGGAAAAGAAAGUUCAAAAGGCUGUUGAUGUUCUAAAAGAAUUUGCCGCUUCUAACCCAGAUCAAUCUGUCUUAAUCUCAUUCACCCUUGCUCAGCUUUUGUUGAUGCAAGGGCAUGUUAGUCAAGCAUGUGACAUACUGCGCUCAAUUGGUGAAAAUGUGUCUUAUACUCCAGGAGUAAUAUCUGCACUCGUUACUUUAUAUUUGAGCAUGGAAGAUAAAGAGUCUGCGAUAUCUGUUUUACAAAAUGCCAUCAAGUGGUAUCGGAAAAACUUGCCGAAAGAUCCUGCUCUGAAUACGCUUAUUCAAGAAACUGCCAAAUUGGAAUUGAAGUAUGGUAAUCCACAAGAAGCAGCAAAGUUGCUUGAAGAAUUAAGAAAAGAUGAUCCCGAAGAUUUGAAAACAUUAGCUCAGUUAAUAUCAGCUUAUUCGCAAUUUGAUCCAGACAAGGCAAAACUUGUUAGCAAGCAACUGCCUCCGGUUUCUGAGGUGUCUUUGAAAGUCGAUGUGGACACUUUGGAAUCGGCAAGUUGGACAAUGGGUGCAAAAUACAUCAAGAAAAGCGGAAAGACCGAAACUCCAUCUACAAAACCAGAAAGUGGGGACAUUCUUCUUCACAAAAAGAAGAGGAAGCAUAAGAAGGGGAAACUGCCGAAACACUAUGACCCAAGUGUUGAUCCAGAUCCUGAAAGAUGGUUACCUAGGCGGGAGAGAUCGACUUUCAAGAAGAAAAAAGACAAACGGGGUGCUACUAUUGGGAAGGGGACACAGGGUGCUGUUGCAAGCUCUGAGGACACUUCUAAGUCUAGUCUUUCUGCAAAUGUUCCUUCACCAGGAGCUUCUACCACACCCACUUCUCCUAAUGUUCAGGGUCCACGACAAACAAAGGGAGCUCAAAAGAAGAAAAAGAAAACUAGGUGGUGAAUUAUGUAUGAACCCUAAGUGAUGUUAGUUUUUUUAUUUCAUUUCCCCCACUAUUGAUCUGGAUUAAAUUAUAAUUAAGAAGGUGAGAGCAUUCAAAAUAUAGUAGCUACAAAUCUGUGUUGAACCCUUUCAAACUAUAAAUAUAAAAACAAGUGAUGUUUUUGUCAAAGGAUCUUUAAAAAAUUCCAACAGAUUGAGUUUGUGAAACAGAACACAUAAAAAUUAAAAAGUAAUAGUUUUGUGCCUCGAGAUUGAUAUUUAGGCAGAAUAACAUGAGCUUUUUUUAAAAAAAUGGGAGAAUUAUGAUAAUUCCCUGUUCCUAUUGCUGUUGUUAUUUUUACUCUUAAAUUCAGAGAAGACCUGACAUUUUUUAAUAAAAAAAUAGAUGUGUUUGGCCGAUUAUUUUACGUUUCAAUAAUGGCUUAAUUCAGUUAUUUAGCUGGUAUUUUUUCCUUUCAUUAGAACUUGUAGUCUUUUCUUUUUUAAUUGUAAAUUUAAUUUUUAAUUUCAGCUACAUUUGAUAAGCAAAAUUAGGAUUUUUAUUUUGACUCGUUUGGCAAAACACUUUGAAAAAAUGCUACGUUUGCCAUUCUAUGAUGAUUCCCCCUUCAAAGUUAUCAAAUUAUAAUUAGAAUCUCUUUAAGUGUGAUAUCUCUAUUCUUAUUUAAUGCAGGAUACUUCAUUAGCUGUGUUUAAAUUAAGAAUUUAAAGUUAGGCGUCAUGACAACACCUAGAAUGAGUUUUUAAGCGUCAAAACGAACAACUAAAGUGCCGUUCUUAAGGAAUCAAAUAUAUUUAUCUCAGAAUAAAAAUAAUGUUAUUAAAUAGGAGGGAUAAUGCUACAAAUUACUGGGUGAAUUUUUUAAUCUAAACUAUACGAGGGGGGGGGGGAGAUUUUCAAAGAAAAUUGAUUGUAUUUUAGAAUCAUUAAAAAAAAAAAAAAAUUCCUUACAUCAAUUGCGGAUCUCUAUCAUUAUGAAUUAGGAAAGAAAAGCUUUAAAGUGACCCAAAACUUUAGGUGUCAAAUUGGGAUUGUAGAUUUCAAAAUCUAGGCUUUGAAUCCAAGUUUUUGGUUAUUAUACCGCUUAUUUCUAAGAUUGCUCAUUAGUUUUCUAAAACUAUUUUUGGAUUGCAUAAUACAGGUCCUGCUUAAUUGUUUAAUGUUUUUUGCAAUGUUAAUAGCAUAUAAGAAAGGGAAUAUUUAAGAGAUUUGAAAGUCCAAUUUCAAGAAAAUAUUAUAUUGUAAUUUUCCUAACUUGCUUGUAUAUUUAUAUCAAAACAAUAUGAUGUAUUUUAUUUUAAGAAUAGUUUUGAAUUUUCCCUUCCCCUCUUUUUUUAAAGCAGGAAAACAUCUGUUACACCCCUUGCUGUACAGUAUGGAAAAUAAGUAUUUCAUUUUGAGAAGCAGUACUGCUCCUAAAAUUCUGAUAUUGAGAUACAACAUUUGCAGGAAAUGUAAUAUUUCAUGUUUGCAUUUAAAAAAAAUAAAAUAACAAUGACUUCAGUCACAAACUUCUAUCACUUAUCAUUUAUAUAUUAAAAGAACUGCAAAUUUCAAAGUAUUAAAUUUAUACCAUUAAAAAAUUUAAAACCAUUUGCACCCUGUUCAUUAAUAAAAAUAAUCUUCCAAAAUCAUUAAGUACUCUGCAUUUGACAUCUAGCAUUGUCAUUCUCAUUUCAAAAAUGCUAGAUUUUUUUUUUCUUGCAUCACAAAAUUUUAGAUGCAACUUACUUUGCCUUUCAUUCAUUUUGAAUCACAAACUGGGAUGUGAUGCUGCUUAUUUCCUAUGCUGUUUCAGAAAAAAGAAAAUUUCCCAUCUCUUUUGAAUUUUAUAUCUGUAUAAGUUCCUGCACAAAAACUAUGUUUACCUUAAAUAUAUUUUCAUGUUCAACAGUUAAAAAUUAUUUUCUCCAUACCUCAUAUUAUUUGAGAUGCUUAUUAAUUUUUAGUUUUGCGUGAAAUGGGCUGAAUGUUUAUGUAUGGUAAAUGCAAAAUAAAUGUAUUUUUCAGCUGCAAGAAUUGUUUUAAUUUUUCUUGAAGUUGUCUUUUAUAAUGACAAAAAUUCAGAUUAAUUGUUAUUUUUAAGAGAAAUGAUCUAUUAUAAUAAGAUCUGUAAAUGACAGAGAAAAGUCAAUGAAAAGUUUUUAUUUUAAGAUCACUAAAUAUUUAUGCCCAAAAUAUUUAAUUAUUAAAAUGCUUGUUCCAUUGCAUGAUAAAUGUUUUAACUUUUUAUAUAUUUUCAAUAAAUUUUUCAUGAAAUACAUGCAUA